AUGUUGCCAUUGGUUCUGGAUAUCGUAUUAGCGACCCUUUCGUUCCCAUCUGUCGAUGCACUGGACAAUGGUCUGGAGCGCACUCCAGCCAUGGGGUGGAACCCCUACAACGCAUUCUUAUGCGAUACGAAUGAAGCCCAGUAUCACGCAGCGGCUCAAGCUCUGGCUCAGUCAGGCUUGCCAAAGCUGGGAUACAAAUACUUCAACAUCGAUUGUGGGUGGCAAGGGACUAAUCGCACAGCGGAUGGUGUGUUCACGUGGAAUACAACACGUAUUCCAUCUGGCAUACCGGCGCUUGCCUCCUACGUGCACGACCUCGGUCUUGAUUUCGGAGUUUACAGCGACGCUGGUUACUUCUCCUGCGAUUUCGUGGGAGGUACUGCUGGAUGGCUAGGCAGCCUCAAUCACGAGCAGUCGGAUGCAGAUACUUUUGCAUCCUGGGGUGCCGAUUACCUGAAGUAUGACAACUGCUACGCAGUAAGCCCGACGGAUUUUGUAGAUAUGAACCCGCCGAUCUCUUUGGAACCUCAUUUCACUGCUAUGCGCGACGCGCUGAACUCGACCGGCCGUCCGAUCGUGUUUUCGGUUUGCGAAUGGGGCGUACAAGACCCGGCCCGGUGGGCGUCUGAAGUAGGAAACAGUUGGCGUGUCAGCAACGACAUCGGUCCUCCGCCGUCCUGGGAUAACCUCGUUCGCAUAAUCAACCAAGUUGUACCCAUCACUCAAUUUGCGUCGCCUGGGGCUUUCAAUGACCUCGACUUGCUUGAAGUUGGUAACCAAGGGUUGACGACUGCAGAGCAAGAGACGCAUUUUGCAUUCUGGGCAGCUGCAAAAUCACCUCUUUUCAUCUCUACCGAUCUUACGACAGCGACAAAAGAAACAUUGUCAAUCCUAAGCAACCCUGGGAUCAUCGCUCUGAAUCAAGAUGUGCUUGGGAAAUCGAUUGGUUUCAAACGUCGUUACACCAAUGACUCCGAUAUUUGGGCUGGUCCACUCGCGGACAAUUCCACCGCCGUUGUCAUCAUCAAUUGGCAAAACGUUUCAAGGCCCGUGACGUUUUACCUUUCUGAUGUGGGAUUUUCUGCGGCGGAUGCUACCAACGUGCGAACCCAAGAGUUUCUGGGCACCCUGCGCGACUCGUGA